AUGAGUGAAAAGGUUGCAAGAGGGCGUGCUGCCGCUUCUGGUAUCAAGCACAGGGUUUCUGCUGGUCUCCCUGUCGCUGCUGUUGUGAACUGUGCUGACAACUCUGGCGCGAAGAACCUUAGAAUUAUUGCCGUUUGCAAUAUCGGCGGCCGUUUGAAUCGUCUUCCAAAGGCCGGAUCUGGUGACAUGGUCAUGUGCUCAGUAAAGAAGGGAAAGCCCGAACUUCGUAAGAAGGUCAUGCCUGGUAUCAUUGUCAGACAACGCAAAUCUUUUCGCAGAAAGGAAGGUGUUUUCAUCCACUUCGAGGACAGUGCCGGUGUUAUUGUCAACAACAAGGGAGAAAUGAAGGGUUCUGCUGUAGCCGGACCAGUCGCCAAGGAGUGUGCAGAGCUUUGGCCCCGUAUCGCUUCCAACGCUGGAUCCAUCCUGUAA